AUGUCAGAGACCAUUCACGACUGCGGUUCCACCUCAAUUCCUCUCAGAUUGCCUCUCGAGCUUGAACGAGACAUCUUCGAGAUCGCUGCCUAUAAAGACCUGGGUAGUGCAUACCAUUUUCUGCUCGUCGCAAAGAGGGUGUACCAAUGGAUUGAGCCGAUGGUUUACAGAGUGUUGCUGAGGUUCAACGCACGUCUGGGGCGAAAGUCGCGACCAUAUCCACUUCUUUACCAAUUUGAAGAGCCCCGCCAAGAGCCUUCCCCCCGUCUAAAACAAGUCUCCGCCUACACCACCCACCUUCUUCUCCAAGAUAUUUGCGCUGAUGUCGCCAUUAGCAUCCUUAAGCUGUACAACAACCUGGAAGACCUCGCUCUCUGGGCCAUUUCAGGGCCAUAUCGACCUCUCGCACGCACAUUGACCACACUCAAACUCCAGCGACUCUCAAUUAGCCUCCACUUCCUCCUCCUUCAAGACAGUAGCUUCAAGUUUGAUCCCACACUUUUUCCGCACCUGACACAUCUGGAAAUCGUCGACGCUGCUGGAGAGUUGGACAGAGUCUGGAGCAAACUCCACCUGCUGCCUCGUCUCUCCCACUUGGCCUUGAGUACACCAUUCUUCGAUAUAAUAUCGGAUAUUAGGAAUGCCGUCGACACCCUCCUCCAUGACUCAUUGACUCUAAAAUUCUUGAUACUCUGCUCUACGUUGGAGUUCGACUUUGGACGUGAGGACCCUCGCGUGGUGCUCUUCGACGCUUCUAGGUUGUCAAUCGACGACUGGGAACAUGGGGCCCGUGGUGGGCGAGAUCUUUGGACGAUAGCAGAGGGCCUGCAGCGCGAGCGACAGCAAAGUGAAAACGCAAGGUGCUGA